UUAGGAAGUGGUGUUCGAGGGUCAGGGGUUGCUAGUUGUUGUCUGAUGAAACUGCAAACGAUAUUAGCUAGGUACAGCUCAUCGUUGCUAUUUAUUAACAAGCUCCAAAGACCAGGAAAAAGUACAUUUACCUAGCUAACGAAAUAUUUAUCUCAAAGCAUUGCGAAGCUUACCGGCGUUAACAUUAUAGCUUUUGUUUAGCUAACAUGCUAGCUAGCCAGCUAAAAAAUAUUGCAUGUCAGCUGUUAGAAAGCAUUAGCUAGUUUUUUUAAACUGCACCUUUUCAAUUAUUUAUUUUGUGAGCUUUGUCCUCAUUUCGUGGGCUUUGUCCUGAUGAACGUUAGCAGCGUAUGCACGAGAAGAAUAAUCCUGGAAGUGAAUGUUUAACAUUAGCCACGGAGCUAAUUAGCUGGCUAGCAAUCGUUAGCUUGUCAUCUACAUGGAUUUUAAAGGGUCAUUAAAUACUACGAGGAUGAUUUUGCCUAUGGUGAUUCUCCUAAUAGUUUUCUCACACGGAACAACCGCUGAUGAAGAGCCAGAGGGGAAUAAUGAUCAUGCUCCUGAAUUGAAGUCUUACCAUGAGCACAACUCGGAGGAGGAUGAGGUCCCAGUAGGCGCCAGGAUUGUAGCAGGAAUGGUGACUUCCCCCAGGGAGGCCUCGCAGCCGGAGGGAGAGAGAAGACCCGAUGGUGGGGUCCAGGAGGGUGGGCUGGAGAGGGAAGAGAAGGAGGACUUGCCCACCCAACCUCCUCCCGUUGAAGAAAGGCCUAAAGAGGUUCCUGUGGUGAAUGGGGGCACAGCCAAUGGGAAGCCCUGUCUCUUCCCCUUCCUCUUCCUGGGGAAGGAGUACUUGGACUGUACCACCGAUGGACGGGGGGACGACCGCCUGUGGUGCGCCACCACCUACGACUACGACAGGGACAAGAGAUGGGGCUUCUGUGAGACGGAGGAGCAGGUGGAGCAGAGGCAUCUUGCGGAGGAGACCGAAAAGGAGUACCAGACAGCCCUCCGCAUGAUCAACGGAACCAACCGGAAGAGCCAGAAGAAAGAGUUGUAUGAGAAGCUAUUGAAGGUUGCCGACAAGGGCCACCACAAGGCCAUGGAGAAGGUGGCCUACGCCAUGCUGUUUGGGGACUACAUGGCCCAGAACAUCCCCAAGGCCAAGGAGCUGUUUGAGAAGCUGGCCCUGGAGGGCUCCCCCAAAGCUCAGACGGCACUUGGUUUCUUGUACGCUGCUGGGUUAGGAGUGAACUCCAGUCAAGCAAAGGCGUUGGUUUACUACACCUUUGGGGCUUUGGGCGGAAACCUGGUGGCUCAUAUGAUUCUGGGAUACCGAUACUGGGGUGGUGUGGGCGUACCCCAGAGCUGCGAAUCAGCACUGACUCACUACAGACUGGUGGCCAAUCACGUGGCCAGUGACGUGUCCCUGACGGGGGGCAGUGCGGUGCAGAGGGUGCGUCUGCUGGAUGAGGUGGAAAACCCGGGCUCUACCAGCGGAAUGCUGGAGGAAGACCUGAUCCAGUAUUAUCAGUUCCUGGCUGAGAAGGGAGAUAUCCAGGCCCAGGUUAUGGUGGGACUGGGCCAGCUGCAUCUGCACGGUGGUCGGGGGGUGGAGCAGAACCACCAGCGGGCCUACGAUUACUUCAACCAGGCCGCGAAUGCUGGGAACACGCACGCCAUGGCCUUUCUUGGGAAGAUGUACUCAGAGGGCAGUGAGUACUUGUCUCAGAACAAUGAGACGGCCCUGCAGUACUUCAAGAAGGCCUCUGACCUGGGUAACCCUGUCGGGCAGAGUGGACUGGGCAUGGCGUACCUGUACGGGAGAGGCGUGCCAGUGAAUUACGAGUUGGCACUGAAAUACUUCCAGAAAGCAGCGGAGCAGGGCUGGGUGGACGGACAGCUUCAGCUGGGCACCAUGUACUACAAUGGCAUCGGGGUGAAGCGUGACUACAAGCAGGCCUUCAAGUUCUUCAACCUGGCCUCGCAGGCAGGCCACAUUCUGGCAUUUUAUAACCUGGCCCAGAUGCACGCCACGGGCACCGGCGUGUUGCGUUCAUGCCACACCGCCGUGGAGCUCUUCAAGAAUGUGUGUGAGCGUGGGCGCUGGUCGGAGAGGCUGAUGGCAGCCUACGGCAGCUUCAAGGACGGCGACAUGGACGGGGCGCUGGUGCAGUACCUGAUGCUGGCCGAGCAGGGCUACGAGGUGGCGCAGAGCAACGUGGCCUACAUCCUGGACCAGAUAGAGGAGGCGCAGAUCUUCAGUGAGAACGAGACAUACCCUCGAGCCCUCCUCCAUUGGACCAGAGCAGCAGCACAGGGUUAUACAGUGGCUAGGAUAAAGCUGGGGGACUACCACUUCUACGGUUACGGUACUGACGUGGACUACGAGACAGCUGUCAUACACUAUAGGAUGGCCUCGGAGCAGCAGCACAGCGCUCAGGCCAUGUUCAACCUGGGCUACAUGCACGAGAAAGGCCUUGGCAUCAAACAGGACAUCCACCUGGCCAAGCGUUUCUACGACAUGGCUGCCGAGGCUAGUCCCGAAGCCCAGGUGCCAGUCUUCCUGGCUCUGUGGAAACUGGGCCUGGUCUACACCCUGCAAUACCUGCACGACCUCAACAUGAGUGAGGUGGUCAGUCAGGUGGACCUGGACCAGCUCCUGGGCCCAGAGUGGGACCUCUACCUCAUGACGGUCAUCGCCCUGCUGCUAGGCACCGUCAUCGCCUACCGCCAGAGACAGCACCAGGCCAUGCCCCCUCCUCCCCCGGCCCCGGGCCCAGCCCCAGCCGGGCCUCCCCAGGAGCAGGCCCAACCUGAGGCCCAGCCCCAGGCCGAAGAGGCGCAGCAGUGAGAGAUGGAGUGGGUAGUGCGUGAGGAAGGGAAGGCAAUAUCCCGACCCCUACCUUCCUCUACCUCUUCUCUGGGGGGUUGGUGGGGUGGGUAAAGGCAGACUAACUAGCUCCCAUUUUGGGCUCCACCUCCCUCCUGACUUCGGCAUGUUGACCACAGACUAUGUAGGCUACUGAACAGGCCAGACUCGCGCUACUUAACUCUCUGUCAAUGCUCUCAGACCCCCCAAGUUGAAGAAUGAAGAACGGAAUCGGCGAGGGGGAGAGUGGAGCAGGUUGAUGGACAAGGCCAUGGAACAGAGGCUGUAGAAAAGACAAUAUAGACUUGAAACCUCUUAGUGUGUGACUCAGGGUACCGGCAGCAGAAUCACUUCUCGGAAUUAGCCACGUGGAUUGCCAGAUUGGGGCGAUCGAGUCAUCUUCUUAAUUAUAGUCCGAUCUGCAAAUGAAACAGUCCCGUUUUGUGUGCUCUAGUAGCGAUUGGGCUUCCGAAACAAUGGGCAGAUUAUUUUUUUCUUCUGAUUUUCCAUUUCUGAUUUUUAUGUACGUGUGUAAGGUUACAACUCUCCUUACCAGAAAAUAAGUUUCAAGAUUAAUACAUAAACCUUGCGGUACCAACAUUUGUAAGGUGGCAGCAAUCAUAACUUGGUCAUCAUAUGGUCAUCAUAUUCUUGUCUUUAGCAAAAUAUGUUUUCACGAAUAUGCUUUAAGAACACGUUUUGUAAGCAUGUUCAUAAGCAAUGAUUCUUUAUCAAGCAAGAUUUUUCCAGCAUGCUUCUGUCAGCACAUUUGAUUAAUUAGCAAGCAUUAAAGCUUUUCGUGUGCAAAUA